AUGAGGAAGCGCCCAUUCCAAGUGAGCAAGGUGCUGAGGAGGAGGUUCCGCCUCGUGCUGAUCUUGGGGGUGCUGGCCGUGGGGCUCUGCGCAGCCUACUUGGAGGUGGUGGUGCUCACCGACGGGGGAGGACAUCCCUUGAACCGCAGAUAUGGAAGCUGGAGUGAGUUGGCUAAAGCCCAGGGAAAUCAGGUUAGCCCUGUAGUGGAUCCAAGCUUUCAGAUGUAUCUGCCUCAGAAGGCAGGCUAUCAGGAUACAGUGGUUGAUGAAACUGUAUCAUCAAACAUGUUUCCUGGUUUUUCCCCUACUGUUCCCUGGUCCCCAUUCCAAGGUCAAGUCAAUCUCCAUGUUUUUGAGGACUGGUGUGGUGGCUCCAUCGAACAACUGAGGAGGAACCUCCAUUUUCCACUGUAUCCUCAUACAAGGACCACUUUGAAGAAACUGGCAGUAUCUCCACAAUGGAAAAACUAUGGCUUACGCAUAUUUGGGUAUCUGCAUCCAUUCAGUGAUGGUGAGUUUCAGUUUGCCAUUGCUGCUGAUGACAAUGCAGAAUUCUGGUUGAGUCCUAGCAAGAACAUCUCAGACCUGCAUCUACUGGCCUCUGUAGGCAAGACUGGGAAUGAGUGGACAGCACCCGGAGAGUUUGGGAAAUUCAGGAGCCAGAAGUCAAAGCCAGUGAAGUUGUCAGCUGCAAACAGGUACUACUUUGAGAUGUUACACAAACAAGAUGACAAAGGAACAGACCAUGUAGAAGUGGCAUGGAAGCUAAAUGACCCUGAGUCCAAAUUUGUAGUUAUCGACUCUCCGUUCCUCUCUCUUUAUGCUAAUGAAACACUCUUCAAAAUGGAUGAGGUUGAUCAUAUCCCGCAAACACUGGCAACUCGUAAAAGCCGGAUUCCACACAGUGAGAUUCUAAUGGAACACCCUGCAGAUAUGCUGAAGCCUGACCCUCGAGACACCAUUUACAAAUUGCCUCUCAUAAGUAAGGCACAGAUACGGAAGAUUCUUCCUGAUUGCCCAUACAAACCAAGCUACCUGGUCAGUGGAUUCCCACUAGGACGCUAUCAAGGUCUUCAGUUUGUUCAUUUGUCCUUUGUAUAUCCCAAUGACUACAGUCGUCUGAGCCACAUGGAGACACACAACAAAUGCUUUUACCAGGAGAACUCCUAUUACCUAGAGAGAUUUGGAUUUUCCAAGUAUAUGGAAAUGGACCGACCAAAGUGGAAAAAUCUUGAUUCUGAAGAAACAACAAAAGUGCCAGGUUAUGAAGACAAUUUGGAUGAUGCCCAGUAUGCAGACCCAGAAACAGAGGACGCCAUUCCUCUAUUAAAUUACACCAGACCAAAGUCUGAAAAAGAUUCCUUUGUGGCUGUGGAAAAUGCAAAUGUUCAUGAUUAUUCUCCGCAAAAGCAUCGGACUCUCUUGUCAGUUACCAGAGAAAAUACACAAAGCAAAGAAGCUAAACAGCAGAAAAUGACUUCAGUUGAUCAGAGGAACAAUGAAAACCACACAGAAGGAAAUUUGCAAAUGAGGAGCCCACCUCUGAAAGGUAGACUCAAAGAAAGCUCCAGAAACUCUCAUCAAUAUGGCAGGAAUGUACAGGUGCUAUCGGCACCACAGAGAAGACUGGCAGAUGAGCCCUUGCAUGUGAACAAAAGGCCCAAAGUGUCUGGGGAACAAAAUCACACCAGAUACAGGAAUUCAGCUGGAAGGACAAAGGACAAAGAAAUUGUUGCUGAUCAAUUAGAUUUUAAUGCAAACAGAAACAAGGACCCAUCAUUAUACAACACAAAGUCAAAGAGACAAUCCCAGGUACUUGGCAAAGGAGCUAGAAAUCCAACCCACCAAGAGCAGCCAGUUCAUGAGGACCAGUGGCUUAACCAAGUAGAUUCAUAUAUAGCUAGGCAUAAGGCAGCAGACACUGCAAAUGUCAUCUUGGGAAGGGUGGACCUGGAUUCCCAGCAGCCUGUCAGAACUGAUCCUACUCAGCCAGUAGUACAAGAGGAGGAGGAGGAGGAAGAACAGGUGGCAGUGGUUGAGGAGGACAAAGAGGCAGGUGAAGAGGAAGAGAGCUUUGAUUAUAUGCCUGUAUUUGACCAGUUAGUAAACUGGGAGCAAACUUUCAAGACAAAUAAUGUGGAUUUCCAGUUGUUGCGAUCGGACUGGAUUGACCUGAACUGCAACACUUCUGGGAACCUGCUCUUGAAAGAGAAGGAAGCAUUGGAGGUCACUCGAGUAUUCCUAAAGAAACUCAACCAGAAGAACAAAGGGCGAUUCCACCUGCGGCGCAUCAUGAACAUAGAGAAGCGGCAGGACCACAUGCGGGGCAGCCGUUAUCUUCUGGAGCUGGAGCUCUUGGAUCGGGGAAAGAGGCUUGUCCGAAUCUCAGAGUACAUCUUCGCACGGAACUGGCAUGGAGUCCAUAGUGAGGAAGAGAAGAUUAUGAAGGACUUGGCCUGGGGCCACCAGCGUCACCUGAUGGCCAGUGCUAAUGAGCUAGCCUUGUGCUGGCCAUCGGCCUUUUCCUGGAAUCACCGUGCUGUUGUUCAUUUCAUCGUGCCCGUGAAAAACCAGGCACGCUGGGUGCUGCAGUUUAUUUCUGACAUGGAGGAGCUGUUUCGAGUUACUAAGGAUCCCAACUUCAAUGUCAUCAUCACGGACUACAGCAGUGAUGACAUGGACGUAGAAAAGGCUCUGAAAAGAUCCAAAUUGCACAGGUAUCAGUACUUGCGUCUAUCAGGGAAUUUUGAGCGCUCUGCGGGCUUGCAAGCUGGGAUAGACCUUGUGAAGGAUCUUCACAGCAUCGUUUUCCUAUGUGAUCUGCACAUCCAUUUCCCAGCGGGGAUCAUUGACUCCAUUCGGAAGCAUUGUGUGGAAGGGAAAAUGGCUUUUGCACCCAUGGUUAUGAGGCUGCAGUGUGGUGCAUCUCCACAACGGCCUGAAGGCUACUGGGAAGUGAAUGGCUUUGGUCUCUUGGGCAUAUACAAGUCAGAUCUCCUUCGCAUUGGAGGGAUGAACACUGACGAGUUUGGAGAACAAUGGGGGGGAGAAGACUGGGAACUCUUGGACAGAAUCUUUCAGGCUGGCCUAGAGGUGGAACGACUUGCUCUCAGGAACUUCUUUCACCACUUUCACUCCAAACGAGGCAUGUGGAACCGACGGCCACUGAAGAUAUGAUGCACAUUUGCACUCCUUAGAAUUAAGAAGAAAACUAUCCUACCUCUAGCAUUUUCCAUCCAGAUCAUGGCUUUUGAAAGUGUAAAAAAACAUUUCCCAACAGCACAUCAGAGGAGCACUCUGAGGAGCAAAAGCAUACAGUAUGGAUUCUUAUGUAACCCCAUAAGAACACCCUCUAAAGCCUCUUUUUAUACUGUCUUCCUAUUUCUAACCAAUUUUAAAUUAUUAAAAGCAAAAUACAGAAGUAGAGACACCAUGCUUCCACCCAAGGGAACUAUUCCAGUUCCCUAAGUUGCCAGAUUUCGGUGGCACACAGCAGAGUCCUCGGGGCUUCUGAAAAUUGAAGAAUGGCUUUUCUACCACCAGGAGACAAAAGAUUCUGGUGAAUGAGUACAAAUGAAAAGAUGUCAAAGCUGGCAUGCUUUGCACAGCAAGUUUACAAGAGGAAUAUACUUCUCAUUAUAUCAUGUAUGGAUUAUUUAUAAAGAUGCAGCUUCUUCUUUAUCGAGUUACUUGAACAGAGGAAAACAUAUUCUGAAAUUCAGUCCUUUGGACCAAAGCCAGUGCAUUCUUCAGUGCGUGUACCAUGCCUGCAUCUCUGAGCACCAGCCCACCCAGGGCAUGUUAAGCGAUCCUUGGUUAAAGCAUGGCAUGUUCUGCUCAGGUACAACAAAAGAAACUCGGGUCCUAUAGUGAAACUGACGUGCCUUUCCCAUGGAACUAUCUGCAUUUUUAUUGAG